AUGUCUAGUAACAGAGCCUUUAGCAUGUUCGGUGGGGCCGGGGGAAGAGGCUCCAGGGUGUCCGUGGCCAGUCUGGAGGGGCUACGGAACGCGAUGCGUUCUGACCCAGAGAAUUCAAACGAUGUCUCUCCUGCCCCCGGGCCCGCCCCGGAUGAUAAGAAGACCAUGAAGGGUCUCAACGACCGUCUGUCCGGCUACCUGGGCAAGGUGAGGAACCUGGAGGAAGCCAACAAAGAUCUGGAGGACCAGAUUCAGGACAUCUUGGACAAGAGAGGAGACCCCAACGGCCGCGACUGGGAUGUGGUUGAGAAACCGUUGAAUGACCUCAGGAAGAAGCUCCGUGAUAUGACCAUGGAUAAUGCACGUUUGUUACUGCAAAUUGACAACACCAAACUGGCCAAUGAUGACUUCAAAAACAAGCUGGACAACGAGAAGCAGGCCAGGAAGACUGUGGAGCGGGACCUGAUUGGUCUGAAGAAGAUGAUUGACGACACCAACCUGAACCGCAUGCAGCUGGAGAGCCAGGUCGAGUCUGUGAUGGAAGAGCUCGCCGUCCUCAAGAAGGACCAUAAGGAUGACGUUGAUGAGCUGCGUAAGAAGAUCAAGGACUCCAACGUCCUCGUGGAGUUUGACUCCCAGGACAAUAACCUGAGUGAUACACUCAACAAGAUCCGCUCCCAGUACGAGAAACUGGCCAAGAAGAACCUCAAGGAUACCGACGACUGGUACCAGAGCAAGUUUGACAGCAUCAAGGUAGAGGUGGUUCAGAAUACUGAGGCUCUGCAUUCAGGCAAGAAUGAGCUCAAAGACCUGCGCAGACAGAGACACCUCCUGGAGAUAGACAUACAGUCUAUAAUGAGCUUGGUCCACUCCCACGAGGAAUCUCUGAAGGACACGGAUGGGCGGUACAACCGUGAGAUGACCCGCCUCAAUAAGAUCCUGCUGCAGUUGGAGGGAGAGCUGGUCCAGGUGAGGACGCAGGUGGAGAGGCAUGUGGAUGACUACCAGGAGCUGCUUCACGUCAAGAUGAAGCUGGAGGCCGAGAUCGAGAACUACCGCAGCCUAAUGCACGACAUCGCCCCCGACGACAGGUGA